AUGAAGGCGAACGACCUGGUGGGGCCCUACCUGCAAAGGCAGAGCGGAGACCCUGACGCGGAAGGCCCGGACUUCAUCUUCCGGCUCCAGCACACCCCUCUGGCGGACUUCUUGGCCCUGGUCGGACGCCUGUGCGAGGUGGCGGCGCGGUUGGUGAAAGGGGAUGGGCCGGGCCUAGGCGCGGAGGAAGCGCUGUUGCGGCCCAUUUUGGAGGAGCGGGAGCGGGCCUCGGGGAUCUUUGAUCCUGUCCAGCUCGUUGAUUUCAGAGAAAAGUUUAUCCUCUCGGCCGCGGUGCCCGUGGACCGAAUCUCCCCUCUGAUCAAGAAUCCCGGCGUCGUCAUGCUCACUGACCGCCGCUUCUAUUUCCAGCCCGCCGAGCUGAACAAUGUGGGCAUCUCCACCACCUCGUUGGCCCUGGCCUCCAUCGUCCAGGUCUUCAAACGACGGUACAUGCUCAGGCAAACCGGUCUGGAGAUAUUUUUUGCUGCGGCGGGAGAGGGAGGGACGGAGGGCGGGAUGGAGGACGGGAAGGGGGGCGUUGGAUGGGCGAGUGGGUCUGGUAGGGGAAGCGGGAGGAGGCAGGGCGGGGGGCUCGACAGCAGAGACGGCGAAGGACUCGGCACGACCGCGACCAGGAGCAAAGGAGGCCAGGGGGGCGAGGUCACAGAGGCCCCGCCCCGGGUGAACAGUGUCCUCUUUUCGUUCCGAUCCUCCCAGGAACGUGACCGGGUGCAUGCCUUGCUGCUCGCCCAGCCGGCGCUCACGGACGGCGUGCUGCAGCCUGUGCGCGUCGCGGAGGUGACUCGUCGGUGGCAGGAGCGACGCAUCUCCAACCUGGACUACCUCCUCUAUCUGAACACGCUGGCGGACCGGUCGUUCAAGGACCUGACCCAAUACCCCGUCUUCCCCUGGGUGCUGGCUGACUACACGAGCAAGAAGCUGGACUGGGAGAGCCCGAGCACCUACCGCGAUCUGAGCAAGCCGAUGGGGGCUUUGCACCAGGAGCGACUGGCUUAUCUGCGGGAGCGGUACCACUCCAUGCCGGAGGAAAACGCGGAGAUGGGCAUCCCGCCCCCUUUUUUGUACGGCACCCACUACUCCACGCCGGGCUACGUCCUCUUCUACCUGGUGCGGGCGGCCCCUGAGCACAUGCUCUGCCUCCAAGACGGGAAGUUCGACAGCGCGGACCGGAUGUUCAGCUGCGUGGCGGACACGUGGCAGUCCUGCCUGACCAACCCCGCCGACUUGAAGGAGCUUAUCCCCGAGUUCUACUUCUCCCAGGGCGACUUCCUCGUCAACGUGGAGGGUCUGCCCUUGGGGACCACGCAGGGAGGGGUCAGGUUGGGCGACGUGGCUCUCCCGCCCUGGGCCCGGAACGAAAGAGACUUCGUGCGUAAGAUGCGUCGAGCCCUCAACGACAGCACCUAUGUUUCCCAGCACUUGCAUGAGUGGAUCGAUCUCAUCUUCGGCGUCAAGCAGAAGGGCGAGGCGGCCGUCUCCGCCGACAAUUUAUUCUACUACCUGACGUACGAAGGGGCCGUCGACUUGGAGCAGGUGACUGAUCCACUGGAAAGGGCAGCUUUCGAGGCUCAAAUCCGCGAGUUCGGACAAACCCCCAAACAGGUCUUCCUUGGGCCCCACCCGAGGAGGGACGACCCGCCCUCCGUCCCUGUUUUCCUGACUCCCAGCUUCCAGGACUCGUCCUCCUCCCCGGCGGUGGGGCUGCCCUCGAACGGAGGGGGCGGGGCGCGCCCGCGGGGGGCCUCGGAGCACGAACUGGAAGGGCCGUGGGAGAUGGUUCGGGGGGAAAGCCUGUUGCUCUCCCAGAGCCUCUCUCAGUCCCUCUCACAGAGCAUGGGGGGAAGUGGCUGGGAGAUCUUGCGCCAGGAUGCGUCGGAGAGGGAGGGUGGGAGAGAGGGCGGCGUGGGGCCGGAGGCAUCCUCCCAAUCGUCUCCUGUGCACCUGAACGGUCGCGGUAGCAUCCUCAGCCCCAAGACCCUCAUGGCCAAGGGGCUGGGGCUCCUGCCCCCCCCGGCCGGCACGGAUAAGUGCACCUCAGUACAGCAGCCGGAGCAGCUCAUGUUUGUGAUGGAUGGGGCCGAGAGCCUGCAGUCCCCCACGAGCUUGCGGCUGAACGAACAGGCCCAGCGGACGUUGGAGGAAAUGAUCCGUGUCGCCCACAACGAGGAGACUUAUGCGAAUGGAUGCUCCGGUCCGACCGCGGCGGCCUCCCUGCGUGGAGGGGCCUCCAAUACGAAUGGCGAUGGAGUCGUGGCAGGAGUGAGAGGGGGAGUGGACGACCUGCCGGCGGUCGUGCGCUUGGAAGAGCUGAUAUCCAGGGAGGCCCUCCUGAGCAUCCCAGGCAGCACUCCUCGGCUCCUGCUUCCCCUGCCCCGUGCGGGCAUCCACAAGGCAGAAGGAGGCUCGCAGGGGGCAGCGACUGCCUCGACCGGCCCCGAAGAUGCCCGCGACGCCCCUCGUCUCGGCCUGCUCGGGAGCCGGGCCGUGUGUCUGCACCACGACGCGGUCACCUCCCUGAAAUGGGCGGACGGGGGGCGGUCUCUCUGCAGCACCUCGGACGACGGGAGCUUUCGUGUCAGCACCUUGCUGAUGGGGCCUCAGGACGAGGGGAAGAGAGAUGAGAAGGCGUCUUUCCAGUCCAAGCGUCACUUCUCGCCCAGCGACAUCGCUCUUUCCUCCUGUGCCUUGAUGGGUGGGGAGGCGUCCGAGGGGGGAUUGGAGGUCAAAGGGGAGGGAGGCCCGGCGGCCAGCCCCCACACACUAGCUGCCCUCGGGUCCUACGACAACCACGUCUACCUGUAUUCUAUUCCCUCAGCGCGGCAGCUCUUGCGGCUGGACGCCCACGACGACGCCGUGUCAUGCCUGGACGUGGCCGGGCCCUACCUGGCGUCGGGGUCAUGGGACGCCACGGUCAAGGUCUGGGGUAUACAGUCCUCCCGCAGCUGCGGCAGCCUCAUUGAGCCGAUGCCCUUGGCGGAAUUCUUCGAGCACACCACACAGGUCCACUGUGUGGCGCUGAAGGUGGAGGCGAGCGGGACGGAGGCAGCGCUGGUGGCAGCGGGGGCGGAGGACGGGCAGGUGAUGGUCUGGAACCUUGCGGCCAGGUGCUUGGUCUCGAGCUUCAGGCCGCUGCACCGCUCCGUUCAGCAGUGGGGCCUCGAGCGUGCGGAGAUACAUGGCCGCUUGCAGCAACUGCCUGUAUUUGAGGACGGCGGGGUCGUCCCCCCCCCGGCGAGAAGCGAACUCGUCGUCCUGUGGAUCGAGUUGGUGGCGGGCGAUGAGCUCGGUGGCGGUCUCCACCAGGGCGAGGAGGGCGGGGGCGUGCUGGGCCCCGACAUCCAGGACGGCGAAUGA